AGAAGAGGCUCCAUUGUUGGCGUAUAAUCUUCAUCAAGGCAGAAUUUUCCCGUUUUGGAUGUCAUUAGAUCAGAUUUAGGUGUGCUUCAUGUUCUGGACGCUAAGCACGUUUCAAAGCCCCCCAGCUGUCAUUUAAGGGGUAUUGACUACGUUGGGUGCACAUCAUGCCAUCUGUUUGUGCCACAAAACUUCUUUAUCUUUCAAUUGGUAUUCUACGUCAUUUCAUCUAUACAGAAUGCUCCAUCGCUACAGUGAGGCUGGCGGGCCGCGACUCGACGCGUUGUUCCGGCCGAGUGGAGGUCCUCCACAAUGGCAUCUGGGGCACCGUUUGCGACGACCACUGGAGCUUGGCCAACGGCCAGGUGGUGUGUCGCGAGCUGCAGUGCGGUUCGGCACUGGCCAUCCGGAAAGCGGCGUUCUUCGGCCAAGCCAAGGAGCAGAUAUGGCUGGACGACGUGCAGUGCACCGGAAGCGAAAUGUCUAUCCUUAAGUGCUCGCACAGGCCCUUCGGGGAGAACAACUGUGGUCACAGCGAAGAUGCCGGUGUGGUCUGCUCGGAUCAUGUGCGAGUGAUCAACGGAACCAAUCGGUGUAACGGCCGACUGGAGGUCUACCUGAACGGCCUCUGGAACAAAGUCUGCGCUGACUUGGGCGUGCCCGAAUCCAAGGUGGUGUGCCGGGAGCUUAAUUGCGGAAACCCUCUGGUUUCUGCUGAAAAGCCAUAUUUUGGAGAAUCGCGUGACCUCUUAGGGGUGAAAACCAUCUGCUCGGGCAACGAGACCUCCAUCUCGCAAUGCUCGCACAAGUCCAUCAGAGACCAUUGCGUUGAUGCCACCGUUUCCUGCUAUAACAGCCAACCCAUUCGUCUGGUCAACGGGACCAACCGCUGCUCGGGUCGUGUGGAGCUCUUGUACUUGGACCAGUGGGGAACGGUGUGUGACGACAAAUGGGGUAUCCAAGAGGCGAGCGUGGCAUGCCGCGAGAUGGGCUGUGGGGCUCCCUUGGAAGUCAAGUUCAAGGCCUACUUUGGCAGCGGCGACGACCAAACGUGGCUAGACGAUGUGGAGUGCACAGGCCAGGAGAAGUCGCUAACAGAGUGCUCGCACAAAGGAUUCGGGGAGCAUGACUGCAGCCAUAGCGAGGAUGCCGGCGUCAUAUGUUCAGAAACACUUCGACUGAUUAACGGGAGCUCACUCUGCUCGGGCCGCCUGGAGGUCCUCCACAACGGCAACUGGGGCAAGUUGUGUGAUCACAACUGGAGCACCAAGGAGGCCAGUAUGGUCUGUCAGGAGCUAAACUGUGGAGGUCUUUCCAAAUCUGUUGAGUACUUUGGCGAAAGCCAGCUCAGGAAAUACAAGGGGACUUGUCCAAGUGGCGCCACCUCGUUCUCUCAGUGCACCGUCGAGGAAACCGCCGAGACGUGCCGAGGGGUUUCACUUUCAUGUGUGGGCUCUCCCACGAUACGGCUCGCCAACGGCACGGACCGAUGCUCGGGCCGAGUGGAAUACUACCACGACGGCGUUUGGGGGUCGGUGUGUGACGACUCCUGGGACAUUCGAGACGCUCAAGUUGUGUGCCGAGCCAUGGAUUGCGGCACGGCCAUGACGGCCAAAUCUGGUGCCUAUUUCGGCGAAGGCAAGGGAGAGAUCUGGCUGGAUGACGUGGAUUGCAAGGGCAACGAGUCGACUUUGAGCAACUGUGUGCAUUCAGCCUUCGGAGAUAACAACUGCAAUCAUGGCGAAGAUGCUGGAGUGAUGUGUUCAGCAACCAUCAGACUGAUAAAUGGGACCAAUCAGUGUUCGGGCCGCGUGGAGGUCCACCACCAAGGCCACUGGUGGUCGGUGUUCAACGUCCAGUGGGGGCUGCAUGAAGCGGCAGUGGUGUGCCGGGAGAUGAACUGCGGCGAUCCCGUGAAGGCAUCGGGCUCAUUCGGGCAAAGUGGUGCCGGUAAUGGGUACAAGAUUAGCUGCAACGGGAGGGAGACUUCACUCACGGAGUGCACAUUGCGGGAUUAUGUCCGAAGUGGCCAUGAUCUCGUCGAGGAGGCAUCUGUCCAAUGCUCGGGCAACGUGAGGUUGGUUGGUGGCCACAACCGUUGCGUCGGGAGGGUGGAGUUUUACAACAAAGGCCGCUGGGGUGACAUCUGCAGUGAAAUGUGGGACAGGAGUGACGGUGGGGUGGUGUGCAAGCAGUUGGAUUGCGGCACCGUCCAUAAUAUCACUUCAGGGAUGGAAUACGGCCACGGCUCGGGACACGUCUGGAUUGAUCAGAUUGAAUGCAUUGGGUUGGAGUCCACGUUGGCGCAGUGCCCGCAAAGUUCCUUCCAUGGGAGAACGUGCAACACCACGUCGCUCGCCGGUGUCAUCUGCUCAGACAGCUUGGAAGUACGCUUGGUGGACAACGAGAUCAAAUGCACGGGCAGGGUGGAGGUCCAGCACGACAACGUGUGGCACUCUGUGUGCGACGCCCACUGGGACCUCGCUAAAGCCGACGUGGUGUGCGAUCGUUUGCAGUGCGGCCGCGUGGUGAGCGUCCACGGCGGCGCCCAUUUCGGCCAAAGCAGCGGGCUCGUGGUGGAGGCCAACGACGCCUGUUUUGCCAAUGCCACCACUCUUCAGCAGUGUUCACUCAAGGGUUUCACUAAGUCAACGUGCGAGCAUGAUCGUGACGUGGGUGUUUCUUGUGCAGCAAAAAUAAGGCUGGUUGGCGGCUGGAGUGGAUGUUCCGGUCGGGUGGAGGUGUUCCACGCUGGCUUGUGGGGGACUGUGUGUGACGACGAGUGGGAACUGCCCGCUGCCGAUGUGGUGUGCCGACAGCUAGGCUGUGGCCAUGCCGUGUCGGCCCCCUCCACCGCACACUUCGGGUGGGGUACUGGACCCAUAUGGCUCGACAACGUGGUCUGCGAAGGUCAGGAGUUGGCCAUCACACACUGCACUCACGAGGAUUUCGGGGAAAAUAACUGUGGCCACUCUGAGGAUGCUGGAGUCAUCUGUUUGGGUGCUCUGGAGAAGCCUCGGAUCACAGUGAGUCCUUCCGUGGAGGUCAACUGGGGUGAAAAUGUGGAGUUCACCUGCACCAUCCUGACUGAGCACGUAGGCGGCACCUUCUUGCUGAAAAGGUUGCAGGGGUUAUUCAAGCUCCACAAGUAUAGCGAGAGUGAAGCGGCCACCUUCAGCGUGCCGAGAGUCAACUUCAGCCACCAGGGCUCGUAUUUCUGUGAGUACCAGAAGAAAGUAGACAAUAACAUGAUCUACUAUCCUCAAGGAGACCCCGUGGAACUCGACAUCAAAGUGUCGCUGGAGAAGCCGCUCAUAUCCAUGACCACCUUCCAAGUGAUGGUGACCUACACCCCGCGGGAGGUGUCAGUCACACGGGGCAGCAGCUUCUCCGUCACGUGCUCCGUCCAUUCCCUGUACCCUCGCGGCAUGUUCUAUCUGAAGAACAUCAACACCAACAGCACCGCUUCCAAGGCAGCGUUUGGGCACACCGUUUUUUACGUGGGCUUGUUCGAAUUCCCUGACAUAGAGGACAAAGACCAAGGAGCUUACAUCUGCCUCUACGCUGUUAACCUCUCCUCCCAGGCUUUUUGGUCUAGUCCCUCCAUGUCUCUUUAUGUCAACGUUGUCUCUGCAUCUUCUUCGUCAGUGGUCACAGGACUUGUGGUUGGGUUGGUGCUCUUGCUGCUAAUCGUCAUUGUGGGUUAUCUGGUCUGGAGAAGACGAAGGCUGCAUUCUGGCACCUUAAUUCAGUUCAGCAACCGAUUUGGAGGAGCCACGAAAGUUUAUUCAGAAGACACGGGCAACGGAGGCCUUGAGGGCCGGGAUAUAAGCACACCUGCCAAGGAGGGAGUUGCGCAAAGCGACCCGACGGACAAGACUGCUGAGGUGGACGCUGAGAACUCCGUGGAGAGGCUCCCCGAGGACCUGGCCGGCCGAGUGUGUUACGAGCUGGAACCGCUCGUUGACUCCUGAUCUUGUGGCUCUAAUCAUGUCACACUUAACACCAUGAUAUACAUUAACGAUAUCUUUCCUCAGCUUAGUACACUGUCUUAAGAUAGCUGGAUUGGUAAAAAUGAAACAUUUUUAUUUUAUUCGUCUUUUAUAAAUAAUACAUUGUGGUCGUCAUUGCAUGUUAGCAACUAACUGCUGCAGCGGGAUGGAUCGGAUUUCUGGUCACAUCACAUAAGAGGUCACUUAUUGCUAGGCAGAUUUUAUGAAGUGUGACAAAUUAAUUCUGACUCAAUUUUGCAAUCAAAUCCCUAUUAUUAAACAUAAAGUAGGUAUUGGAAAGAAAGCUUUUUCAAAUCCAAUUCAAUACCAUAUUUCCCUCAGAUAUGCCAAUUAUGAAAGGCAUAAGUGCCAGAGAAAGCCUUUAAGUAAAUGCCCUCAAUUUCAUCUGAAGUCAGGUAAUAUUAAAUGUAUUUAAAUGUAUGAAAAAAUGCAUUACAUAACAUUAAACACCUUGCCUUUGAUAAAUUCCGCCUCUCUAACAAUUACAAUAAGUCAUGCUCUGAUGUCAUUUUUGUAAAAACUAUCAAAUGCAUUUGUACAAAUACAAGGCCUCCUCUCUAAUAAACAUUCCAUUUAUUAUACUGCAUACUCUCUGAAGUAAUAUUAGGUAGUACUGUAAAUGCAUUUUAUGGAAAAUAUGAAAUGUCUUGGCUCUUAAAACACCUCUAAUAAAAACAAACUUUAAAAACUCACUUUGUAACAAUUAAGGGCCUCUAAAAAUGUCUUUAUUUAACACAACAGACAAAUUUAAAUGAAUACAAAUAAAAAAGGUGUUUGAACAUCGCAUCGUCUCUAAUUAAUAUCUCAUAGUUUCAGUCAUAAAUACAGUAAAGCCUCUUAUCUUCAAUUUGAGCAAGUGGGCUGCUUAUAACACAGUAGUUAUGGUAUUUUUUUUCAGCGGUGAAUUCAUUGGCUUGGAAGUAGUCAACACCUUGAAUAUUUUCCCCUCAUGUUUAGUACUGGAUUUCUCCCCCCCCCCUCCCUCAUUGUUCUUAUGAGCAAUGUUUGUAAAUGCCCAGAACAAUAAAACUUUAUUUCUUAUA